UUAGAUUCUUCUUCAGUCGCCUCCUAUACCAUCACUCUUUUCGACUGCCAUUUCGCUUCAGGAACAGUAAGAUAUGACAACCCCCACCAAGAAUGAGAAGCAUGUCCAACAGUUCAGGGCCCGGUCGGCGUGCAAGACCACCAAUAUCCCCACCCAACUGGAUAUCAAGUCUGGACAGCGCUUUGUACUAUGGAAAAGCGUCCUUCUGAUUUUCAAAGAUGCUGAAUAUGUCAUGGAUGGCGACGACCUUGUUCAGUUUAUGAUGGACGAAAACUACGAAGAUCUUGUUCCUCUGAGGAUUUGUCACCAACUAGGCGUCGUUCUUGAUGUGGUCACGAAGAGCGCCGAUAAGAGUGCACCUGCACCGUUAGAGACCUCUUCUCCCUCGCAAGAUAUUGUGGGAUACAUAUCCCCUGUAAGCGAGGGCUCGAUCGAUAUAGCCGUGGAAUUACAUGGGUCUACCGACCUCUUCAUCACAGUCAAAGACAUCACAACCAGAACCCUUACCGUCCAGUCCGCUGAAAGGGCCGUAACAACACAGCAGUCUCUCCAAGAGUACUUCCAGCUCUAUCAGUCCUAUGUCGAAGCCAGCACCACUGGCCAGCCAAUCCAGGCAGCGAGCAUCAAGAACACAAUGGAACAGCGGUUCGGCCUCCUGGAUACACAGCUGCAGUCCAGUGACAUCUUCCAGGUCUACACUCUGCAGAUCCAGCAACAAAUCCUCAACCAACUGGCGCUCCUCCAGAACCAGGUCCAGGCGGUACGGACACAAACAUACGAGCUUUCCCAGUACCCGAUCCCUCGACUGUUCAUCGUCCUUCCGAAACCUAUGCGACGCAGAGACAAGCUUAGCAAACCCUUCACCAAGCAGUUCCGCUUGUUCUUCCUGUGCGAGUGCGGUAAGCAUACCAUGACAGAAGGAAGCACGAUCCCACACGAGAUGCAUCUAGCCAAGCACAAGGGAUACGACAUCGAUGAGCCGAGCGAAUCCUUUGAGAGAUACGGAUCCCAUGUCCUGACGACCAUGAGGCUGCUCAAGUAUGGGUACACUAUUGCUGACGCCGUUGUGCCACCUCUCGCCUUGUUCAACCUUGCAGACGGGAUUGAGACUGUCAGCAAGAGACUCAAUGUGGACACGAGUAGCAUUGCACCUCUGGUAGACGAGUCUAUCAGGCAUAUCGAGAGUCUACAGGGGAAUGGAGGAAACCCUGGCGUAGCAUCCAGUUCGAUGGGCCUGAAUGCAGUCGAGGCGCUCGAGGGAGCAGAUCUGAGGCAGCUGGAGUCGUUUUUGCGGGCCAGCGACAAGGGCCGCGACCUCGGCAACCUGUACCAAGUGGUCACAGCUUAUGGACAUGUCAAGUGGGUCUGCUUGGACCACUACCGUAGCAACUACCGGGAGUCAGCAAUGCAGCAUUUCAGGGACGUCGUUAAGGCCAAUAGCGGACAUUAUUUCGCUGAUUGUGUUAACAUCGAAUUUGGGUCCAGUAUUGUCGCCAAGCAGUUUUACGAGGCGCUUGUUAGGCCUCGCGGCAUUCAGUACCUCGAUCUUCGCUUGACGUGGGAUGUCACAUUUGACGAACUUCGGGCUCUCGAGGCUGCUAUUAGUCGAAGCAACAUUACCAGCUUGCAUGUACACCUCGUAGAAGCCAAGGAACCGCUGCUCGACGUCAUCAAUCGCGGUCGUCGCUAUGACCCACUCAUACACUUGAUGGCUAACGGACGGAUCCAGAACAUGGCGAUCAAAACGAACAAUAACGUAUACCAAUUCAUCAGCAAUUCCUCGUUCAUAAUGGCUUCGCACCUCCGAAGUCUCAGUAUCACAUCAGAGUCAAGAUCUCCCAAAGGUCCGCCAAGAUCGAUCCUUAGAGUCAUUCUCAAGCACUGUCCUUCGCUUCAGGAACUUGGACUAGCCACCAACGAUAUGCACAGCACCUUUGAGGACUUUACCAGCAGGACGUACGAGUAUCCAUAUCUCAAGAAUCUGACCCUGCAUUGAGAUCGGCAUAAUAUCUUUGCAGGACUAUCUGGCAGUGUGAUCCAGACUGUGGAGCUUAGUACUGAGGACCUUAAAGGUUUCGCGUU